AUGAAUCGGUUGCAGCUUAUUUUCUAUAUUUUCUGCGUAUUUUUUAGUGCUUCGGCGGAUUUCGACACGGAGCAUGAAGAGCUCCGAAGAGUUCGGGAUUGUUUACCCCAUUGCACAUUUAAUCACUCUCUAAUCACAUCGGAAACUAUAAAAUACUUCCCAAAUAUGAACAAAUGUGAGUAUUUUUGCGCUCUGCUGGUUAUCAACUCCAGCACGGAUCUGACGGAGCGAGAAUUGACGGAUUUGUUCAAGGAUAUGAACCUUUUAUAUGGAAGUCUAAAAAUCCAUGAUACUAACCUUAAAAGUCUAUCUUUUAUUCCAAAAAAUCCGAAUCGCAGCUUCGGAUAUGGCUGUACAUCUUCCGGAUUAUCAAUUACUAACAAUUCCCAGCUGACAAAUAUAGAUGUUAUCAGUAAUUUUCUAUUCUAUAACGUGGUAAACCGUAGAUUUCAAUGCUCAUUUCGAGUUGAAGGAAACGAAAAACUGAAUGCCAGCUAUUUAUGCGAUUGGUGGAAAAUUACGGAGAUCAUAAAUCCGGUUGUUGAGCGAAAUUUGGAAGAUUGCAAAUGUCGUGGAGACCUUAUUACAGAGACUAAUAUUCAUACUUAUCGAGAUUGUACCAGUUUAAACGGAGGACUGCGAUUAAUCAAUUUCACGUUUUCUGAAAAUUUAUCAGCUUUAUCAAAUGUUCAAUAUAUUCGAGGAGACGUUGAUAUUCAGAUGACUAAUUUCCAAAACUUAUCGUUUCUCGCCGAAUUGUACUCAAUUUCUAGCGUGAACAUGGAAUUUACAGAGAAAGCUCUAAUGCAUAUUGCAAAUAAUUUUAAGAUGAAACGUUUGGGAUUUCCUAAAUUACAUGAUCUCAUCGAUAAAAUGUACGGCGACUAUACAAUAAAUCUGCAAAAUCUGCACCCAGACUUUUGCCUCACCUUCGACGAAAUGGCCGGCUUCCUAAACCGGAGAAUAAAACUCCAAAAUCUACAUGCAAGAUAUUGUGCGGACGUGUACAAUGAAACUGAAAGCCAGAACACUGAUGUGUGUAAAUUUCAAAAACUGAGCACGCUGAAAGAAAAUUGCACAUCGCUUUUUGGCGACGUGGUGGUCGAUGCUAACGAUGGAAGAUUUUUGUACAAGCUUUUCUACGUUGGUACAAUAUUUGGCUCCUUGAAAAUUCAAUAUUCAAAGAUUGAGGGCUUAUUCUUUUUGUCUAAUCUUGUUACGAUUGCCAACUUGGAUGGUAGGAAUUUAAGAAUUUUCAGAGAAAUUGGAGAAUUUUCAGCGUCCCGGCCAGCAGUGCUAAUACGAUCCAAUAAAUUUCUCACGCAAGCAGUUUUGCCUGCUCUAGAGAAUGUAAUUUCCGUCGGCAACGAAACAAUAGUCCUCUACGAUAAUGAAGCAUUAUUCGAGAAUAAUGACAAGUGUCUCCUGUUUCGGCUUACUUAUAAUGCAAGACUUCCGAUCAAUAAUCAGGAUUGUGGUAAAGCCCAAAACUUAAGCUCUAGACUUGAAAUUUCAGCUUCGAAAACUUUCAGACCGUCAAAUCUACGUGUUUUCCGAGGGACAAACUUGUAA